AUGCCUUGCCCGAUAAGCAUCACCAAGUUUGUUGGGACCAUUUCCCUGGGACUGCUCACGGGCACAUCCUACACCCUCACAAACAUAACCCUUCCAUCUCUCGCUCUCCUACCAUCCGCUUCCCUUGCCUCUCGCACGCUCGCAACCAUUCAAACACAAUCAACCCGACAUAUCCUCACUCUCGCAUCCAUCUCAUCUUUAUCCUUGAUCACAGCUUUCACGCUAGCUUCCCCGCGCGGCCGCCAUCCUUACCUACUGUGGACAGCGCUCGUCUCAUUCAUUGGCGGCCAAGGCGUCGAGUACUAUUUCAACGGUCUGUCAAGAUUCCCUAGCCUCAGUGCUCGCUCGGGUAGAGGGAAAGCAAACGCAACUCGGGGCUCAAGCCCCGGCGGGUCAGAAAGCGGCUACAUCGAAGUGGAGCCACAGGGCAGCGAGGACCAAGUCAAUGGUGAGAAGGUCGAGAUGGAGAUGACGAGGGAGAGAAAGAUCCAGAAGGUCCGAAGCUGGAUUGCUGGUGUCGGAUUUGCCAUGGGAGUGGUUGGCAUCUGGGGCGAUGGUGCUUGA